GUUUGGGUGGAGAAGUGAUGGUGGAAGGGAUGAGUGAGAGUGAAGAAGUUAGCGCCAUGUGUUAGAAUUGGUUGGUUCUCUUUCUAGUGUUAUUAUCCGUUUUCUCCUUCUUUUAUCACCCAACAAAUUUUAUCUUAUUACAUUAGAUUAUUAGAUAUUUGGUGGUUAUGUUAUGUAAUGUUAAUUAAAUUAUUCACCUAAAAAAAAACCCAAGUUGUCAUGUUAGUUAUUGUCUUAUACUAGAGAUUGAUUCCUUUCCAACUAACUCUUAAAAGUCAAAUACCCCCUAACAUCUAAUCUUCUCUCUUCUCUUCAAAAUUCAAUCACAUAAUCCACACAUCUACAUAUACAAGCUCCUCAUUUACCACCAUUAAAUUUAAACUCAAAACAUUGUUUCAAUUCAGGUUUAGAAAUGCAGUUUGAGGAAGAACAACAGUAUGCUUCUCUCUCUAACUUACUUCCACACUUCACCACCAUUCCCACCAUUCACAAAGCAUGGCUUUUCAACAAUACACUAGGAAUAUUUUCUUUUACCCAACCUCAUCUUUUAACAAACCAAACCAAAACUUCAAUUCUCUCCUGUGAAGUUCUUAAACAAGAAACUGAUGUUAAGUUUCAGUGGGCUCCGUUUCCAAUUCAGAUGUCCGGUGUUGUUUCUAUGAUUGUUCCGUCUCCUUCUGGUUCUAAGCUUUUGGUGAUUCGGAAUCCGGAGAUUAAAGAAGAUGAUGCUAGUUCUUGUUUUCAGAUUUGGAGUUCGUCUUGCUUGGAGAAGGAGUUUCAUGUUCCUCAAACAAUGCAUGGUUCUGUUUAUAAUGAUGGAUGGUUUGAGGGUGUUUCUUGGAACUUGGAUGAAACAUUGAUAGCAUAUGUAGCAGAAGAGCCCUCUUCUACAAGGCCAGUAUUUAACAAUAUGGGUUACAUGAAAGGGGGUUGUGCAGAGAAGGAUUUUGGUAGUUGGAAAGGUCAAGGAGUCUGGGAGGAGGAUUGGGGAGAAACAUAUUCUGCAAAGAGACGGCCUACACUUUUUGUUAUCAACGUCAACAGUGGAGAGGUACAAGCUGUCAAAGGAAUUGACAAAUCUUUGAGCAUUGGCCAAGUUGUCUGGGCUCCAUGUACCGAAAGCUCGAAUCAGUGUCUUGUUUUUGUCGGGUGGUCAUCUGAGGCAAGAAAGCUUGGUAUGAAGUACUGCUCUAACAGGCCUUGUGCAUUGUAUGCGGUUAGAGCACCACAUCAUGAGUCAAAACCCGAGAAACCAGAGCACCACUCAACUGAAGAAUUGCAUGCACUGAAUCUAACUCCAACAAUAAGUAGUGCUCUUUUUCCGCGAUUCAGUCCAAAUGGAGAGUUUCUUGUAUUUUUAUCUGCAAAAAGUGCUGUGGAUUCAGGAGUGCACAAUGCUACAAAUUCACUUCAUAGGAUUGAUUGGCCAACUGAUGGGAAACUGUACCAAUCCGCCAAAAUUCACGACGUCAUUCCUGUUGUAAUGCGUGCUGAGGAUGGUUGUUUCCCCGGGCUUUAUUGUACAGCUAUCCAUGAUAAUCCUUGGCUUUCCGACAACUGCACAAUGAUCAUAUCAUCCAUAUGGCACAGCUGUGAAGUUCUACUUUCUGUGAAUGUGUUGAGUGGGGAAGUAUUACGUAUCAGCCCAGAAGACUCAAAUUUCUCGUGGAAUCUUCUUACACUGAAUGGGAACAAUAUUCUCGCCAUUUCCAGCAAUCCGGUCAAUGUUCCUCAAAUUAUGUAUGGAAUGGUCGUUGAGAAGGCAAAGAGAAAUACUACAUGGAAUUGGUCAAAGAUAUCUAGUCCCAUAUUCAAAUGUUCUGACAAGGUUACAACUUUGCUGUCCUCUCUCCAGUGCAGUAUACUGAAGAUUUCAGUCACAGAUGCUUCCAACGAUCCAAUAAAAGGUGCUGAUAAACCUUUUGAAGCCAUAUUUGUAUCAUCCAAAACCAUGAACAAGGAUUUAUGUAAUCCAUUAAUUGUGAUCCUUCAUGGAGGGCCUCAAGACGUCUCUUUGUCACACUUCUCUAAGUCUUGGGCGUUUCUAUCUUCGAUUGGAUAUAGCUUGUUGAUUGUAAAUUACAGAGGUUCAUUAGGAUUUGGCGAGGAAGCACUACAGUCUCUUCCAGGGAAAGUUGGAUCUCAGGAUGUCAAUGAUGUUCUCUCUGCCAUAGAUCAUGUGAUCAACUUGGGUCUUGCCAGUCCAUCCAAGAUUACGGUGAUGGGAAUUUCACAUGGUGGUUUUUUGACGACUCAUUUGAUUGGUCAGGCACCAGAGAAGUUUGUAGCAGUUGCAGCAAUUAAUCCAGUUUGUAACUUUGCACUGAUGGUUGGUACAACCGACAUCCCUGACUGGUGCUAUGUAGAGGCUUUUGGAACCAUUGCAAGAAAUCGCUUUAAGGAAACACUUUCAGCAGAAGAUUUGUCUCUCUUCUAUAGCAAAUCUCCUAUCUCGCACGUUUCAAAGGUAAAGGCACCAACACUCUUCCUUUUAGGUGCACAAGAUCGUCGCGUUCCAAUCUUUGAUGGACUGCAAUACGCUCGAGCUUUAAAAGAGAAAGGAACAGAGGUCAAAAUCAUCAUGUUUCAAAAUGAUGUUCAUGCACUCAAAAGGCCACAGUCUGAAUGGGAAAGCAUCCUUAACAUUGGGGCAUGGUUCAACAAAUACAGCAAAUAAGUGUGUCGAAAACUUACGACACUUGUUAAUUAGUCAAGUAAUUGAAAUUUGAUUGAUGGCACUUUACAACCAGUUAUAUCCUCCAUGGUCAAAAUUGGGACUAUAGUUUGAUACACUUUAUAGUAAUAUAUGAAAUACACACAACAAAUGAAACAUGUUUGGAGACAACAGUUGUUAAA